UGCGCCCUACCACAACCUCAGACGACGACACAGAGGCGCCCUUCUUUCCCUUGUUCCCCUCUAUUCCCUUCAGCGUACAGCAGACUCGCAUCCGGCCCACAAUGCCCUCGUACCUCCCCACUCUGUCCACCCUCUUCCGCCUCUUCUCCCUCCUCUCGGUCCUCACCAUCUCCACACUCGGCACCCUCCUCUACACCUACCAGGGAAAACUCAUCUACCCCUCCAACCUACCGCCCGGCUCAAGAGAGGAUCGCACACGUCCUGAUGCGUACCAGCUUCCAUUCGAAGAAGAGCUCCUCCCCACUCCAGAUGGGGAGCAACUACAUGCCUGGUUCAUCUCUCGCCCUAACAAGAGGAGCCGGGUAGUCGUCAUGAUGUUCCAGGCGAAUGCUGGCAAUAUCGCCCACAGGCUACCGAUUGCGGCUAUGCUGUUCAAGAAGAUAGGUUGCGAUGUAGUCAUGUUCUCCUACAGGGGUUAUGGCCUCUCGAGUGGGACAGCGAGCGAGAAAGGGAUCCAAAUCGAUGCGCAAGUUGUCCUCGACUGGGUGCGAAAGCGAAACGCUGCCACGCAGGCUAAAUUGGUGCUGUACGGCCAGUCGCUGGGUGGAGCAGUCGCAAUAGCUACGGCUGCUCGCAAUGCUUCUUCAACUGGCAUCGCAGCCUUGGUACUGGAAAAUACCUUCACUUCCAUCCCGGCCCUAAUCCCAACCGUUCUCCCACCAGCCAGGUUCUUUUCUUUCCUCUGCCGCGAAGUAUGGCAAAGCGAUCAGACUCUCGCUCGAGUAGAUCCAAAGAUCAAGGUCCUUUUCCUGUCGGGCGGGCAAGAUGAGCUUGUUCCGCCUUCGCAGAUGAGAGAGCUCUGGGAGGUGGCGACUAAGCGCUCUCAAGCAGGGAGGGAGUGGCUCCUCUUCCCAAAGGGAACGCACAAUGAUACUUGCAUGGCAAGAGGCUAUUGGCCCGCCCUCGCCUCCUUCCUACAUCGCCACCUUGGACACGAGACUGACCUAUCACGGGAGGCGAUUGCCGGUGGGUUCAACGAGAAGACGAUGAGUGGGCCAGGGGCGAACCCGGGGGGAGUGCCGGCAACGCGCGGGGAGAAGGAGGCAUUACAGGAAAUGAUGGAGUCUGGAGAUGAGGAGGGAGAGUAUGGCGAUGACUGGGCCUCGAGCACUGCGUCUGCAAGUGGUGGAGCGGCUGCUGGUGUGAGGAAGCGCGGUGGGGCGGGGGGAGCCGGCCCAGCUGAUGUGGUGGAUGAGGAGAUGGAGACGAUCGAAACGGAGGGCGUGAGAAAUGCGAGGAGGGGAGACGGGGGAAAGCUGUAGGCUGGCACACGAAGCCACGCUAUCGCCGUCGUAUACCUUGGAUAUGAUACAUGUACAUUGGUAGGCAUCGCGCCGUCAAUCACCCUCAUCUGCCGCCCGCUCAUUGACUACGAAGUGGCUCACGUCAUCUUGGGAAAGAAGCAUCUGCUCAGCCAGCG